AUUAAAAGAUAUAAUAUUUAUGCUUAUUAUUUCAUCCGACCAACAGAAUUUUAUCAAUACAGAUGCUAUUUUAAGAGAUGUAGUGAAAGAAGAUAAUAAUGAAUUGGCAAGUCAGAAAAAGCAAGUUGAAAGUAGUGAAGAAGCAGUUCUUAUACGGUUUAAGAUAAAAUUAGAGAUUUUAAGUGACGAACUAUGGGAAAACUUUGUUAAAGAAAAGAGGGAUUUGCUUAAAUUAGUAGUUUCAGAUAUUCUUUUUAUUUUAAAUGAAUCAUUAUUACAUUUGAUAAAUUAUGGAUCAAAAUCAAUACUUGCAGCUUAUGUUUGUUCAGAAAAAGAUUUAGAAAUACUUUUACCUAUUUACGAGCUUGUUUUUGGGAUAAGAUCUUCAGAAAAUGAGCCCAUCUAUGGGAAGCUAAUCAAGCAUUAUUUCCAAACACAUGAAACAUUACGGUUUAUAGAAUUGGAAAAUAAAUGGUAUUUCUUGAUAGAAUUAUGCAUAUCUAUGAGAUAUGUUAACGUAUUUUCUAUUGAAAAUUUGAAAAUGUUUCAAAAACGUACAAGAUAUGGGAAAAGUCUUAUAUCAGAACUUAUGCAUUAUGCGUUUCCAAGUACAUUAGAAAUUCAAGAUACUAUUAAUCCAUCGCUUUUUUAUGAUAAUGUUUAUGGUUUACCAGAAUCUAAAAUAUCUAGUUUUAUUUCUCCUGAUAAAUUGAAUACAAACUUGCUACCAUUUCAAAAAAAAGCUGUUGAAUGGAUGCUUAAAAGAGAAAAAUGUAUACCUAAUACAUUAGAUUAUGGCAAAGACAAUAUUCCCCCUACAUGGGAGGCUUCAAUAGAUGUAGACGGAAAACAGAUAUAUUACAAUAAAGUUUAUGGAAUAAUAUGUUCUAGUAUUAUUGACGUUAAAAAUACAUUUACAGAUAUUGAUGGAGGAAUUCUUGCAGAAGAAAUGGGACUUGGAAAGACAGUAGAAGUAAUUGCUUUGAUUUUAAAAAAUGAGAAAAAAAAGAUAUCUGAAUCGGAAAAAGUCUUUGAUUCAUAUACUGAAAGUUAUGUUAUUGCAUCGAAAACAACAUUAAUUAUAACUCCAAUUUCAAUUUUACAACAAUGGAUAACAGAAUUUUCUAAAUUAGCUCCUCAUUUAAAGGUUUUACAUUACGUUGGGCUGAAGAAUUUAUCAUCAAAUCUUUCUAUUAAAGACUUAAUAGAAUAUGACGUAAUUAUUACUAGCUACAAUGUGUUAAGUUUUGAAAUACAUCAUACAAAAUUGAUGCCGGAAAGAUCACUAAGAUAUGGCAAAAAAUAUAUUCCCAAACUUUCACCUUUAGUACAAAUACAAUUUUGGAGAGUAUGUCUUGAUGAAGCUCAAAUGAUUGAGACUGGAGUAUCAAAUGCAUCUCUUGCUGCUCUAUCUAUUCCUAGGGUACAUGCAUGGUGUAUUACUGGAACUCCUGUACGCAAUUCUCUUUCUGAUCUAUAUGGACUUCUAUUAUUUUUACGUUUUUAUCCUUUUAAUUGUAACAAAAUAUGGAAACGUCUUAUUGAUGAUCCAAGAAAUGCAUCUGCUUUUGUAUCUUUAUUUAAAUUAAUAACUUGUCGCCAUACCAAAAAAUAUAUUGGAGACCAAGUAAUACUUCCUAAACAAGAAAGAAUAAUCUUAUUGUUAGAUUUUACCCCAAUUGAAGAACAUAACUAUUCAUUUUUAUUGAAACAAGCAUUAGAAGAAAUUGGGUUUAAUGAUCAAAAAAAUCCUGCAAGUAUAGAUUGGAAUUUUAAUGAUUUUAAAGAUAAAAUGAGACAUUGGUUAUUGAGAUUAAGACAAACAUGCUGCCAAAUGCAAGUAGGAACCGUCAAUAAAAUGAAUCUGGGUGGCCAAUUAAUUAUGCUGUCUGAGGCUUUGAAUGUAAUGUUAAAAAAAGUCAAUGAUACUAUUGAUAAUGAUGAGAGAUCUCUUUAUACAUUAAAAUUUACUAUUGGAAGGCUAUAUGAAAGCAAAAAUAAACCACAAGAAGCGUUAGAUAUCUGGCUUCCUAUAUUAAAAAUUGUCCAAGACAAAAUGGAAUUAUUUGAACAAGAAAUAGAAAAAAUAAGACAACAUAGCUUAAUAGAUUCAAAAAAUGAAAUCAAAAACUCUAUAGAUACAAUAGAUGAAAAUACAAGCACUAACUAUUAUAGCACUGAAGAAAAAAAAACUCCAAUAAAAUCUAUACAAACUCAUAUAAGACACUGGCGAAGUCUUGCCCAUAGACUUACUUUUUUUAUCGCAACAGCAUAUUAUCAACUUGGAAACAAAGAGAAAGAAGAUGAAUAUUACAGUAAAGCUGAACAGAUUCGAAGAGAAAUUUUAUCAGAAACAGAAAGCAAGGCACUUUUUUUAAUGAAAAAGCUAUCACAAAGAGCCGAAAAUGAUGAUUUUAUAACCAUUCCAAAAUUAAAUUUGUCUGAAAUUAUAAACAACAUUCAUUCAUCUCAUAAUAAAUCUUUGUUGGAUAUUAUUAAAAAAUUAAACAAUCAAGCUGAAAAAAUUAAUGAAUGGCGCCAAAAAAUAAUUAAGCUAUCGCUUUGUGCCUUAGUAGAUCAUAACGAAAACGUUACUGGUGAAGAAUAUAUUAAAUCAUUAGAUAUUAUGGAAGAUGCUUAUCAAUACUUGGAGGCUCUUCGAAGUGCAAUUGCAUCAAGAAUUGAAACUUUAAAUGGAGAAAAGAGUUUUCUUACAAUUGUAGAGACACAGUCUCGCCUUUCUAGUCAACAAACACAAUUAAGACAUCAACUAACUUAUAUUACAGAGGAAUUGCGACCAACACCUAGCUUAUCUCUUAAGUCAAUAAUAGAUGAUUUACACAUCUCAAAACAAAUAAAUGAUACUAAUAUAGAAGGGAAAAAAUAUAGAAAAAUACAAAAUAUUUCAAAUUUUGAAACAUAUCGCCUACCAGAAAUUUUAAAAAAUGAAAUAAAAAUAACUGUCAAAUUAGAAAAAGAAAUAUCAGACCUUUCAUAUCUACACAAUGCACGAAUUGAAUAUUACCGUCAACUUCAAAUAAUUUCUGAUUAUGUAGCUGAAUUAGAUGAAGAGCUUCUUGAGCCUCAAAAUUAUGCAAAAAAAAUGAAAGAAUUAGACGAAAAAAUAAAAAGUUAUGAAUUGACCAUACAUUCAAAUCAAGGGCGUUUACGUUAUUUAAAGUAUCUUUCUAAAAUAUCUAGUAAUAAAUCUGAAAUGGAUGAAAUAUGUGUUAUAUGUCAAAAUAUAUUUGAUUUUGGAAUUUUAACAGAAUGCGGACAUAUAUUUUGUAAAUUUUGUAUGAUGCGGUGGCUCACUGAACAUCAAACAUGUCCGUCAUGUAAGACAGAAAUUAAAGAAACAAAUUACUAUAACAUAGUACAUAAUAGUUCUAAAACCAAUAACAUACUUAAAGAUCCUAAUAUUUAUUCUUUAAAUCACCAGGAUUCAAAAAAAAAGUACAAUGAAUUUAAUAAGAUGUUUUUAGAAAUUAAAAACAUAAAAUUAAAAGAAUCAUAUGGAGUUAAAGUUGAUAUGAUUGUUAAACAUAUACUGUGGAUGCGCAAAGGAGAUUCAAUUGGCCCUAAAUCAGUCAUUUUUAGUCAAUGGAAAGAAAUGUUAGACAUUUUGCAUCAUGCGUUUACUAAUAAUGGAAUUAAAUUUAGCAGACUAGAUACAGUUAUCACAAAAUCUAAGAAAAAAGGAAAUAUAGAAAACGAUCCCGUGGCAAGAUUUAAAAAUGAUAAUUCUAUCGAAGUUUUUAUGCUUCAUGCUCGUUCACAGUCGGCUGGUCUUACAUUAACAAAUGCAACAAAUGUCUUUUUAUGUGAACCUCUAGUUAAUAUCGCCAUUGAGUUGCAAGCUAUAAGUCGUAUACAUAGAAUUGGUCAAAACAAACAAACAUUUGUUUGGUUAUAUAUAAUAAGAGGGACUAUUGAAGAAAAAAUAGUAAAAUUAACAGAAAAAAAAAGAGCACAAUUUGCCGAAAGAUAUAACAAUACAUCGAAAAAUUUAUAUGAUAAUUCAAAUUUAAAUGAUUUAUCUGAAAAAGAACUACAAAAAAAUAUAAAUAAACUUACUGAUACUACAGGAGAGAUCAUAGAAAACAAUGCUUUACUUUAUCUUUGGGGGAAACAGUAA